AUGGCAUCUCCUCGACUCGAGACCUUUUGUUGUCCUAACCGAGAUGCCGCCACAGAAUUUGUCAUCAACUUCCAACCGGUUUUCUUUGGAGCGAUAUGCAUAGGCAGCGCGGGUCUAAGUUUAAUAUUCUCCGUCCUGCAAAUUCUGCCGAAAAGAAGGGCGUACAGACGUCUUGGACAGUACCCACUUCCCAAGCCAGCCUCCUCAUCCAGGAUACUAUUUAUAAUUAGCGUGUGCGACAUUCUGGGAUGCGCAGGUAUUAUAGUGAGGUCGUCCAUCUGGCUGGGCCUUCCAAACCUCAUCAGUAAGAUCUCAGUGGCCAGUGACACUGAUCUGUGGCCAGAGGCCUUCUGUGUGGGCAGUGCAAUGUGGAUCCAGCUGUUCUUCAGCGCCUCUUUCUGGUGGACUUUCUGUUAUGCAGUCGAUGUCUUCUUAGUGGUCAAAAGAUCCGCCGGAAUCAGUACCAUUGUGUUGUAUCAUAUGAUCACGUGGGGUCUGGCCAUACUGCUGUGUGUGGAGGGCGUGGCCAUGCUUUAUUACCCCUCCAUCUCAAAUUGUGAGGAGGGACUGCAGCAUGCCAUUCCGCACUACGUCACGACCUACGCCCCCAUGGUGCUGGUGCUUGUUGUCAACCCUGUUCUCUUCUCACGGACGGUAUCUGCAGUGACAUCACUGCUGAAGGGGAGACAGGGGAUUUACACAGAGAACGAGAGAAGGCUCGGCACAGAGAUCAAAAUACGAUUCUUCAAAAUCAUGCUGGUGUUCUUUAUCUGUUGGCUGCCCAACAUCAUCAAUGAAACCUUGCUCUUUUACCUGGAGAUGCAGCCAGAUGUUAGAGCCAGCAGCCUCAAGAACAUUCGCAACACCGCUCUCAUCACGUGGUUUAUCAUGGGAAUUCUGAAUCCCAUGCAAGCUUUCCUUAAUACGCUGGCCUUCCACGGCUGGACGGGCUUCGACGUGGAUCUGAGCCUGGAGCGUCGCAGGGAGCUGGCCUGGGACUCCGCCUCCACCUCCAUCCCCGCGGCCGGGGGCUACAACCCAGUCGUGGGUUCCACCUUACUGUACCAGAGUCACGUCCAAGAGGCCAAAAAGAACGCAACAGCCAAUGGGCAGCAGCAUUCAGACGCCAUCAGCGUCCUCUCAGAAGGUAACGGACUGAGGCAGGACGACACCAACUCUCCGGUGUAUCAGGGAUGGUGA